UGAUGAAAAUUAACUAACCCAAAUUUAAAAUGAGAAAGCCUAUCGGACUCACACUAGAUUUCUUGGACAUACAAUAAUCAUAAAAAGAGUAGACACCAAAAGUAUUUAAUUCAAAAUUAAUCAGGUACAAUAGAUCGACACAUUUGAAGAAUUUUGCAGCUAAAUACCAGAGAAUCAAUAAUAAUAAGAAUUAAACUUCUCCAAAUAAUCUUAAUCCUUCCAUUCUUAAUAAAUCAAAUCCAACAAUUAAGAAGAAUCAAUCUGUUCUGAAUUUAAGCAAUCAAUAAUAAGUAUUAAUUUAAUAUAAAUAUCAUAUAUCUAGAUUAGGAAAAGGAGAAUUCAUAAAUACAAUAUAUUGUUUUUGAAGAAUUUCAUCCCCAAAGCACCAUUAUAUCAGGCCAAUCUGAAUCUAUAAGAAAUUCAGAAAAACAAUUAUAAGAGAAAAACACUGAUCUUAUAAAGGAACCUCCUGCACCAUCAAAUAAAAACAAUACCAAAUUUAGUUUCCCUUAGAAAGGAACUGGAUUCACUGGAUGUAUUUAUGCUCUAAAAUCUAGUAAAAAAAUAACUUCAAAUUGCGAUUCCUGAGGCGGAUCACACAAACACUAGUUCUUAUGAGUAAACUAUGAUCAAACAAUAACUAAAAUAAAAUUAAAUGAAUAAUGCUGCAGAUAUGGAAUUAAAAUAAUAGAUAUUUACACUCUAGAGAGAUAAAGAAUAAAUUAAAAAUUAAUACAAAUUAGAGAUUAUUGAUCUAAAUGCCAAAAUACAGGAACUUUAAUAAAAGUUAGAUAUUGAAUAAGCAAAUACAUUGCAAUUAAAAUAAGAAAAUGAAAAAUUAUAACUGAAAAUCUAAUAAAUAGAACAUUAAUACUCUAUUAAUAUUGAUAAGAACUAGAGUGAUUAGUUUAGCAUAAGUUAUUAAAAUAAAUUAUCAGAUAAUGAAAAAAUCUAAUAUCUUGUUGAAAAACUAAAUCAAAAAUCAGCUAUAAAUGCAAAAUUACAAUAUGAAAUUUUCAAAUUGCAAAAUAAUGUAAAAUAUAUUAAUAAAUAGAUUGAACUAUUAUAAACGAAAUAGAUUGUACAAUCAUAUAAUAUUAAUUAAAUAUCAGACUAUGAAUAAAUAUCAGACAGUCACUCUCCUCCUUAAUUUGCAUCAAAUCCUCCAUUGAACAAUUACAAAAAUAGAGAAAGCAAUAAAGCUAGUGUAUUGAUGCAAUAAAAAUAAGCAUUACUCAAUUUAAGCGUCAAUUAGGCUUAAUUAGAUUAAAAAAAAUAGAUAAAUUUGUAUCUCAUCUAAUUUGAAUUAUAGAUCCAACAUGAUAUCCCCAUAAGCAAAAACUUGCAAAGCUUCUACAACAAUUCAUAAAAAUCUAACAACUCAUUAGACAAAAAAUACUUAAUUCAAAGAAGAUACUCUUCAACAUCUUAGAAAAAUGCAGUAAAAAUUAAUCAUUUAUAUAGAAGUACAAAAAAUUCAACUUCGGUUGGAGAAUUAAAUACUUUUAAACAAGAUUUAACUAAUUGUUCAAAUAUUUUACAAAAAAUUAUGAGGAAGGAUUCAACUCAAUCUCCUGAUAAACCUAUUCAAGCAACUCAGAAAUUCAAGGAAGCUCUCAAUUCUAAGCUUUAAAAUGUUCCAGAUAAGCAUAAGUCAUAUGCUAGUUUAUUAUUCUCUUUAGGAGAUUUUAACAAACCUAGAAUUCAAGAUGCAUAUAUUCGUUAGAAUUCACCACAUAUUAAUGAAGAUAUUCAAUUCAAAUCAAGACAGUAGAUUUAUAAUAUAAAAUAGAAUAUUUGCUUAUUAACCCCAUUAAAAUUCUAGAAAACAGUCUGAAACCAUAAAAUCAGAGGAAUCACACAAAAUGAGUACUGAACAACCAAAGUAUUAUGACAAAUAUGAAUACUCAAAUUAUUAAAGGAAAGGUAAAUAUUAAUACACAUUAGAUAUUCUACAACUGAUGAGAGAUAUUAAAAGUCAAAAACUUGGAAGUAAGAAUUUUAUAAAUUAUAUUUAGUAUCUGCCAAAAUUAAUUAUAAAAAGAAUCAUCCAAAGUAUGAAAAGCAGUAUAAUCUAUGUUAGUAUAAGGGGACUUAUUUCUGA